UAUCCCGGCAGCCCGUGCGCGCCGCUCCCCGCCCUGAGCCCUGAGCUGCGUUGGGAUGGCGGAGCUGGAGCUGGGGCAGCACUGCGGGGUGCCGGGCUGCCGCCGGCUCGAUUUUCUUCCCUUUGUAUGUGAUGGCUGUUCAGGUGUCUUUUGCCUUCAGCACAGGAGCCGGGAUGCUCAUGGGUGUUCUGAGGUAAAUAUAAGAAACAAUUCAGUGAAACCAGAUCAGCACAGAUCUUACCCUUGUUCAUACAAGGGCUGCAAUGCAAAGGAGCUUUUGCCAGUUUUAUGUCCCUACUGUGAAAAACAUUUUUGUCUGAGACACCGCCAUCAAUCAGACCAUGAAUGUGAGAAACUGGACACACCAAAACCUCGAAUGGCUGCCACCCAGCAGCUAGUUAAAGAUAUUAUAGAUUCUAAAAAAAGCGAGGAGGCAAAAGCAAAAAAACGUAAAGGAGCAAAAAACACUGAGACAGCAGCAAAAGUGGCAUUAAUGAAGCUGAAAAUGCAUGCAUGUGGGGACAAGUCCUUGCCUCAGGCAGAAAGAAUUUACUUUCAAGUAUUUUUACCAAAGGAGAACAAAGAGAAAUGCAAGCCCAUGUUCUUUUGCAGAAAGUGGAGUAUUGGCAAAGCAGUAGAUUUUGCAGCUUCCUUAGCAGGCCUUAAAAAUGACAACAACAAAUCAACAUCCCAGAAAUUGAGAUUAUGCCAUACUGCCUCUGGAGAAGCCUUGCCGUUUGAGCAGACUUUGGAAGCAUGCCUGUCUCAUAAAGAAUAUCCCUUGUACAAUGGUGGAAAUGUAAUUUUGGAGUAUCUUGAUAAUGAUAUUCUAUUUAUAGAAGAUACAGAGUCAUACUUCAGUUAAUCAGUAAAUUGUCACAGGCAAAAAAAUCAAAUUUUUAGAAUUGUGGUAUUCAAACCAAGUCCAGCUUUCUUUUAAAAUCACCGGUAUGCCAGAGCCUGGCCAUAGUUGUGAAGAUACAAUUCCCAUCUAUUUCUCAAUUGCUUGGCUGACAGAAGAAAUGUGUCCUGAAGGGUUAUUCACUUUCUAGAAUAACUUCUUGCUUUAUUUGGCUGUAUAAUGUCAGUAAUUCUUACUUUUUUAAAUUUAUUUUUCUGUAAAUUAUGGAAAAAAUAUGUCUUAAAAAAAAUAAAUAAUGAAAAUGUAAACUUGCAGUGUAUCAGUUCUCCGAAGGAAAGAAAGAUGGUACCAUGUUACAGCAUAUUUUCUACAUCUAUAACAACACCUUUCAUUGGGAAUGGAAUUCAGCACUGUCCAUACCCCAGGUCCAUGCUUUCUUCUCUCCUUCUAAUAGCAUAAGAACAUUUAGAAGGAAAGCUUUCUGAAGCAAAAGUAAAUUCAGACAAAUGUCUGUCUCGUGUUUGUAAAUCUCAGCAUUACCUUGUGAUUUGGUGGGGGAUAAAAAGAGAACUUGAAAUUAUCCUUUUCUAAUUCCUGUGUAAAAUAGGAAGAAAUAUGGUAAGAGAGGAUGAAAUAUAGUUCAACUAGAGGCCACAGGGAGACUGAAUGUCUGCAUUGUUUAAAAAUGCCAGUGUGAUGCAUUUCAGGGACAUAGUCCUGCCAUUGCAGGACGUAUAUAGAAGUGGGGAGACUCUGUGGGGAGGGCAGGGUACAUAAAGCUAAGGAAUAUUGCUAGUCCUGUGAGAAAUGGAGUUUUUUAAGGUAUUCUCCAUUGCCAGAACAGUAAUGUGGUUGUUUUCAAGUGGCUACCUUUAUAACAAUCUAGAAUAUCUGUAGGAUUGUUAUGUAUUGAUAGGAUUUGCAUAAACAACCAAAACAUCUCAGUAAAUGUGUCACUGUUAAUUGUUCUUCUUUUGAUUUACAGUACUCUUUACUGUCGUUUUGACAUGACUUGGGUAUUGAUAAAUUAUUUUACUAGGUGUGAUGUGGAUGUCACAAAAAGGAGAAUGCUUCUAGUUUCCAUGAAGGAAAGGGUCUUCAGUGGCGGAAUGUCUUGGAAAUUUUGUUUCUUGGCAGUGGGAAGUACAUGCAUAUCUUCACUUUUUCUCACCUGUCUUUCAAGGUGUUUUGUCAUCUGUCUUUCCAGCACAAGAUGACCGUUUCCCCUUUUCCCUUGUUAUUCUUUCCCUCUGCAGUUCUCUAGUCACCUCUCUUUGCACCUUAGAUUGCUGUGGUACGAAAUAUGCAGUAAGAGGACAGUCAUCAUAGUGGGACAAGUGAGUUAGGGAAGAGCCCCAAACUGAACUUGCUCCCUCUGCUGUUGUUACCAAAACCAGUGGAAAACGUUGCUAUAGAACAGGGUCAUGUUUUUUUGGGGGCAGAAAAUCCUCAUUCUCUCCUUAUAUCCUUCCUCCUGCCAUUCAUUUUUCUGCCCAAACAGUUGGCAAAAUAAUUAAAAUAACAUUGGUUGUGGAUAGAGAGAAGAUAGACUUGGCAUGCAGGAAGUAAAUCUUUGGGGAGAUCUCAAAUGUUUUACCAGGAAGCUUGCUUUCAUCAAUCGCCAGUUAUUGCUAAGAGCUAGCAGCCUGUAAAUGUCAGUACAAAUACAGCAAGUCACAGUUGAUAAGACUUCAAAAAGUUUUCACAUUCACUUUCAUCUUAUUCCAGGAAUGUGUCCGAGAUUGUUUAUAGAAGCUCAUUCCACUUAGUUUUCAAAAACUGAGAAGCAAAACCAAAUUAAGCUAGGCUGACAGAUAAAUAACUGAGGAGAGGUGAAAACUCUGUCCUAAUCAUCAGCUCUAGGAACAAAAGCAGAAGCUUUCCCAGAGCUUUAGUGUCUUGCCCCUAGAGCUAGAACUGCUCAGACUUCGGCUGUUUAGACUCUAGCGUAUCUUUACUUAGCAUGUACGACUUUUGUUCUCCUAAAGCUUGUUAUCUUAGGAUAGUUUGACAGGGAAAGUUAAAGAAGUGGAUUUGAAAAAAAGAUAAAGCCAAUGCCACUUUGGAAGACACAUUUGGCAUUUUAAAUCAUUGUUAAUUUUACAGGCUUGUGUUUAGAAGUUGCUGAACUGCUUAACUUCAAAGUGAAAUGAAAUGUUAGACUUUUAUUGGAUGCAAAGAAAAUGUAUGCAAAGUUACUUAAAUGAGAAGAGGAAUUUGUCAGAAGUAAACCUUUGUGAUUUUAUAAUAAACAAUACUUUCAGCCAAACAAUUUAUACAAAUUAAUAUCAAGACUUUUGGUUGUUAUAUCU